CAAUUUCUCACAUAGUUGCUUCUCUCUCUCUCCUGCUCGUUCGCUUGCUCUGUUCUCUCUGUUGUGUUGUCCGUUUCUUGCCUUUGUUAAGCGGUUUUUAAGGUUUUGGUUAAUCAGUUUUUUUAUCGUCGAUCGGUAUUGUGUUGUGUGUUUGGUAAUAAUGAAUGCAGGUAUGAACUGGAAGGAACAUGGUCGGAAGAUUCCCAAGGAAAAUCUGGACAGAUUCAUACCGAACAGAUCAGCUAUGGAUUUCGACUUUGCUCAUCACGCCCUCACCGAAGCCCUAAUCGAAGCAAGAGACGGCAAAAAAAAAGAAGCGCGGGAGCUUUCACCCUCCAAAGAGGCUUACAGGAAGCGUCUGGCGGAAACGCUCGGUCUCAACCGCACCCGUAUUCUCGCCUUCAGGAACAAACCUCAACCUCCUCUCCACUCUCAUUAUCACUCUGCUUCUCUUCACCAACAACCUCUAAAGCCUCGCCGCCGACGCAUUCCUCAGUCUUGUAGCAAAGUCUUGGAUGCUCCUAACAUUCUUGACGACUUCUACCUCAACUUGCUUGACUGGGGUUCUCGUAACGUCUUAGCUAUUGCCUUGGGCCACACUCUUUGCCUCUGGGAUGCUUCUACCGGCUCUGUAUCCGAGUUCGUGACCAUUGAGGAAGACCAAGGACCCAUCACAAGCAUAAGCUGGGCACCUGAUGGUUCCCACGUUGCACUUGGCCUCAACAACUCUCAAGUCCAGCUUUGGGAUUCUUCAUCCAUCCGCAAGAUAAGAACUUUGAACGGUGUCCACCACUCUAGAGUAGGAUCACUUGCAUGGAACAAUCACAUCCUCACAACCGGAGGAAUGGACGGGAAGAUUAUCAACAACGAUGUCAGGAUCAGGUCGCAUGUUGUGGGAACUUACAGAGGUCACACUGGAGAGAUUUGUGGACUCAAGUGGUCAGGUUCUGGAAUGCAGCUUGCUAGUGGUGGCAACGAUAAUGUGGUUCACGUAUGGGAUCGCUCUUCUGCGUCUUCGAGAUGGCUGCACAGGCUUGAGGAACAUACUUCUGCCGUGAAAGCUCUUGCUUGGUGCCCCUUCCAAUCGAAUUUGCUUGCAACUGGUGGUGGUGGAACAGAUGGGGCGAUCAAGUUCUGGAACACUCACACCGGAGCUUGCUUGAACUCUGUAGACACAGGAUCCCAAGUGUGUGAUUUGUUGUGGAGCAAGAAUGACAGAGAGUUGCUUAGCUCACAUGGGUUUUCUCAGAACCACCUUGCACUUUGGAAGUACCCAUCCUUGGUGAAAAUGGCUGAGCUCACUGGCCAUACAUCAAGAGUUCUGUAUAUGACACAGAGUCCUGAUGGCUCUACCGUUGCUUCAGCUGCAGGAGACGAGAGUUUGAGGUUUUGGGAUGUUUUUGGAAUGCCAGACACUGCCAAAAAACCUGAUCAGAAAGCAGCCCAUGAGCCAUUUUCUCCCGUGCCUCGUAUCCGUUGAAACUGUCAUAACAACAAGCCAUUAAUCGUUACAGAAGUGCUUUGAAUAAAAGGAACGACAAUCAUACAGAGAUAAAAGUUGUCCACUAUAUUGUAUAUAGUAAACUUCCAGGCGAAUUAGCCUCUCAAGAAACGAUUUCACGCUAACCUACUAAGGACAAAUCACUACAAAUUCGAGUGACAUAUUCUCAAAUCACAUAAAGUUACCGUCUACAAAUGACUCCAGAUGCAAUGCAACAGUUUCCAAAAACAGGCAAAGGAGGCAGAGCGGAAUGGUAAAGUAUCAACAAGCAGUAUAGCCUACUUUUGAAAAAUUAUUUGUUGUUGUUGCGGAAAGCUCAGAAAUGCCACAGUCAAAGCUACAUGAUAUACAAAAAGGUCAAUAAAAAGAAUCCCAAAGGAUUCACCAUUGAUCAUCCAAUAAACAAAAACCAAAACCUUCUCAGUUUCCGGAGAAAGAACCGACAAAGCCUAAUAUGUGUAUGCAUAUCACACCUAUUCUAAUAAUUUGUUUUAAGAAAUUAGAUUAUGUGAAUGCAUGGCACUGAUAAUACCUAAUAUCUUAUAAUCUUGGAAACAAUCACUACCUAAACUUGAUACUGUAGAAGCCGGAAAACCGGACUCACAUAAACGAUAUAAUAAAAGUGACGUUAAGGAAAAUAGACGAUUGUAAAAAUUGAAUACAAGAACAAUAAGAAAUCGUAUUCGCAAACGGACAUGGAGUCCAGAUAUAAUCUCUUUCCUUAACUUUAAAUAUUCGCUCCGUUAGUGAGACGGGACUGUACAAAUAUGGAGUCCCAGGAUACAGCCAUGGCAGACGAAUCACGCUUCACUCGUGAUCGCCCUAUCGAACUUUAAACUCUACGAAACACUCUCGCAUUUAUGACUUACGAUAAGGAAUUUUUGCUGUCGGUUUCGAUGUGAAGAAAAUAUUAGAAAUGAAGAAGGAGGAGAGUCGAUAUUUAAAGAGAAGGAGAAGACCCACUUUCCGCAACAGCUUCUGCACGUGGGCGAGAAUCUCGCGGAGAUCGAGGGAAGUUGAGUUGUAAAACUUAUUCCCAAGACUCUCUCUUAUCUCGUUUAAAACUUCCGAGAGGAUAAAACGCAUGACGUUUUUAAUUUUUAGACAAACUACUUGUCGUUUUAAAUAAAAUUGUAUGUUGUUUUUUUUCGAAAUGAAUGGCAAAACGUUAAACUUAAAAAAUCUUAUUGGACCGGAGGCCCUCCACCAAGACCCAAGCUUUAGCAUCUACCAGACGUAUCUUACCUCUUCGGUCAAUUAGUGGGGAUUUUUCCUUCGUAUCACCAAAGGAUUUAUCCAUAUCUACUGAGAGGCUAAAGAAACGGUUGCGUGAAAACGGAAUAAACGAGAAUUUCGUAAAAGAGUGUGAAGAGAUCGUGGAUUCAGAGUUCUCCGAAGUUCAAGAACAAAUUAAACUUCUCCACGAAGAACGUACAAAGUUACUUGAUGCACUCAAGCAACUAGAGAUGGUUAACCUUGAAGCUGAAGCCUCAGGGAUCCAUGAAAGUGUCUACCAGUUACCAAAUCAUAACUAUUCCAGCUUAAGAAGUGGAAAAUAUAGUGAAUGCAGUACAAGUGCUUCAUCUGAUGUGUUUGAGGAUAUCUCCGAGGAAGAUGAGCCUUCCUUCCAUGACACUAUUGAGUGUUUUAGCGAACCUGAUGCUGGUUCCGAGAACAUGCAUUUCAAAAGACGAACAAGGCUUCCUGAUCCAGCAGAGAAAGAGAAAGGUGUUAGUCUCUGGUCUAUGAUUAAGGACAACGUUGGAAAGGAUCUCUCACGAGUUUGUCUUCCUGUUUAUUUCAAUGAACCAAUAUCAUCUCUACAAAAGUGUUUCGAAGACUUGGAGUACUCUUACCUCUUGGACCAAGCAUAUGAAUACGGAAAAUCCGUAAGUGAUUUAUAAAAAAACACUUUGAAAUAUGUAGAAUAUUUUACUUAUUGUUACGUGUUAUUUACUUCCUUCUGGAAAUGCAAACGUUUUCUCUACUCUAGACUUGAGUACAUCCCUUUGUUAUAUCUUGGAGAGUGUCCUGAAAGAAAGAGUUUCUUUUUAAGAAAAAAGAGUUUAUAGAAGAAACUCACUGUAAAGGUCAGUGGGAAAAAUGAGUGUUGGUUCCAACAUUUGGGAAAAUAUUCGUCUUGAUCUAUUUGUAUUUAGUUCAAUACAAAGGGAUCAAUUGAAAUAACCCAUGGUCACUCAAAAUUAAGGAAUUUGCCUUGCA